AUGCGGCUGGCUUCGUUCCAGAUGUUGAGGCCAGCACGGGGAGAGCGAGACCGAGCGAUGGGCCAGGGAGCGCAGGGAGAGGAGACAAGCUCGGGCCAGAAGGAAGGCACAGAGGACCGGGGAGCAUGUUGCCCCUGUCUGUGUCACCUGCAGAGUGAUGACAAUGACCCCAGUGGAGAGGAGGAGUUCUCAGGCAGUGGGCCUGGAUCCACAGGUGUGUGUCUGUGUGUCUUCAUUUGUGUGUAUUUACUUGUGGUCACAGUGAACUGUAACCUAAGGCAACAGCAUAACUUGCUUGUUUGUCCUCUCUGUUUACAGACAGACCAACACUUGAGUACCAGGUCAGAUGUAUCCUGUAACGACUGUACCCAGGGAGGAGAGUCUGAGACCAAGGAUUUUAAAAAGUUAUUUGAGGAGGUCUCCAGAGAAAACAGCCAGCUCCAGUCUCAGCUGCAGGACACUCAGAGGAUUGUCAGCCAGACUAGGCUGGACCUGGAAAAGGCCACACAGAGACAGGAGCGCUUCAGCGACUGUUCAGCCCUGCUGGAGCUGGAGAGAAAGGACCGGAGGAUGUUGGAGCGGCGAAUGGCAGAGCUGGAGGAGGAGCUUAAGGUUCUGGUUGACCUGAGAGCAGACAACCAGCGUCUUAAAGAUGAAAAUGGAGCACUGAUCCGUGUCAUCAGCAAACUCUCCAAAUAGACGAGGAGCGAGAGAGAGAGAGAGACACAAGAAGAGCAGGGAACCCCCUCCCCUUUCCCCUCCCUCCAUCCACCCAUCCCUCCUUCCACACAUUCCUCCCAGUGCCAAAGAGCGAGAGGGGGGAGAGAAGCAGCAGAAUGUCCUACGUACACGAACACCACAGCUCGACUUUGGAUUGUGAUGCCUCUCUGCGAACAGCUGGAGUGGCUUUUGUGUGCCUUAAUGCCCAUCAGUCACAGGAAGACCGAUGGCAUGACGGCCCCUGUGGCUUCAGUCAGAGGCUCUGACAGUAGCAACACAAGACUUGACGACAGCCCAAAAUGCCCGACGGCUGGUGCAACACACGAAAGAACACGACAUCUACUACGACCGUGCAUCAGGGGAACCCGAACAUGCACACACAUUCCUAUGCGUGCAUCACAUACUUCCUCAAUGCACAUUCCACUGAGGGCACAAGGCAGCUUGGGCCUUAAAAGCUCCCACUUAGUAUUUAUUUUUUUUUGUGAACACACUCACGUCACACACUCACAAAUUUACCCGACUCACAGUCCAAAUCUAAUGUGUUGUCAAGCAGUAAAGGUUUUGGUGUAUUCUUUUAAAAGUCAGCUCUGAAACACAUUUCAGGCUCCGUCUUUACAUUCAACAACGUCCCGACAACACGAGGGAGGGGGCGGGGGGUGGCGGAGAAAUGUCCAUGAAGCUCUGUUGGGUUGUUUUGUUUCCACAUGCAAGUGUUUGAACCCACCUACCUCUCCACCUAUGCACUUCCCCACAUGACAUUUUAAUUUUUUGUGACCACAGACACACUCCAUGCUCUUAAAAAUGACCGCGUAACCAGGUCAGUCGACCGCAGCACUUUACUCUCUGCAAAGCAGUAAAAGAUCUGCGAGGCUUUGCCUGUCCUCCAGACAAGACGAUUUUUACUUUUCAGAGCAGCGCCUUCUCACUUAGUAAGUGGAGGGAGAAGUUAUCCAUAGCUGAAGGUCAAAGGUCAUUGCACAGUUAUUAAAAAUUGCUGUUCUGUCAAAGCCUAUAUGCUAUGAAUGGUUUUAAUUAUUACCAUUGAUAAAGAUAUUAUUUUCAUAGUUUUUCAUCGUCAGUUCCUCUCUUGCAAGGGAGCAUGGUUAUGUAUAAUACAUGUGUAUAAAUAUUAGUCUUGAAUAAUACCCUUUUGAAGUAAAAUUCCAUGUAGCCUUUCUUCACAUGUUGGUUUUCUAAUAUAUUAAAUGGAUGUCUGCACCCUAAUAAAAAAAAGUGUGUUUGUA